GAGUGGGGAGAGGGGCAAGGGGAGGACCACUAGUCUGGCCAGGUGCUCGCUUGACAUCUCGCCGACUCUUGCGGGCUUGAAGACCUCGAGCAGAUGAGCCCACCUUACAAACCACAAGAAACUCAUGUGGCCAUCUCCCUUCCAGCAGCUUCAGCAUCCAAGCUUUGACAGCAGCACACCCCCACCACCCUUUGUGUAGAGUCCCUCCAGAGUUUGGUUCUAAAUGCUCUCUCCCUCUUAACCAGUCGGCUUCAGGCUUCAGGUGUUCCUGCUGGUCAGAGUGGAGCUGUCCACUGGAUGGACUUUCUUUCAUUGCACGUUCAUUUCUUUUGUUUAGUCGGGCUGCUGCCCAAGCACCCCAGUGAGCCAGCUUCCUCUGAGCGUCAAAGUGUCUUUAUUUCCCCUGGGUCACUGGGUGGAAAACCAUCGUCUUCCCACUUCCUGACCCAGGAGCCUGGCUGCUGCAGGUGACUGGUGAGGCGCUGUCCUGGAGGACUCGCGGGCUCCACAGAGGGUCCAGGGGCGUCACUGUCCAGUUAGCACGGGCUAAGCUGAGCGAUGAAUGCAGUGGACAGUCGGCAAGGGUGGACAUCAGCCAGAGCCUAAAUACAUCGGCGCUCGAUUUGGGGAGUGAUGGCACACUUUCAGUUUCCCCAACAGGUGCACUCUGCUGUACAAUACCUGUGCGUGCACCUGGGACAAUAAGGCCACCACCCAAGCCCACAGUCUUAUUGGAAAAUAAGGGCAGUCUUUUCACGGACGGCCGGCGUCGGUAUGAAAGGCACGCCGCACCCGUCAGUGCGGAACCCGUGAUCCAGGAAGUCUUUCUACAGGAGGGGAAGUCCAGCUGUCAGCGGAGGAGCAGGAUCGUCUUUAAAGGCAUUCAUACGGUGGUGUUUUUGUUUUUCUCCACCUCUUAUCUGCCUUUCAAUCGCUGAUCAACUAUCCGCGUUCCUCCUCCUCCUCCUCUUCCUUCGCAGUCACGUGCAUUUGCAGCAGGAACCAACCGAGAGGUGUUAACUGUGGCUCGUGCCCCGGCUCGACCCGAAUCGAGCUUUUUAUCUGAUGCACAGCGGCUCCUGUACUGAUGUGCUGAUUUUAAUGCGCUACGUAGAAGAUUAGAUAAAUAGCAUGAGAGCCUGCACCGCCAUCUGCUCGGCAGCUUCCGCCGUCUCGGAAGAAACGGAGGCGACAUUUAAAAAUUAGCACGACCCCUUGCAGCAGCAGUUCACUGUUGACAAACCAGGUCGAGAGCCGGUUAACAGCUUCAGCUGUUCCAGGGCAAUGACGAGAGACAGGGAUCCGCGUUAUCAGCGUGAGGCCUGAAAGAACCAGCUGUGUUUUGUGCGUUUUACUGGACCUAGCUGCACCCUAUCACGGGGCAUGACGGCGUGAGGCGCCGAGAUGAAAAUGAGUGACGUCACGUCGCUCUUAGGCUCCGGGCGAUGGGGCAGAGGGACCAGAACCAGUCGGGCGGCCGCCCCGUUGCCAUGACGACUGGGCUGAGGAACAGGGAACUGCAGGAAAUUUUCCAAAUAGUUUUCCGAAGCAGCCCACGGCGGGCGCGGCUCUCUUGUUUGCCCCUGGGGCGUUGGCCCACGCUGGGCUGAGUCUUUCAUUUUGCGUGUUUGCUGCUGCGGUUCGGUGUCGGUUCGCUUCUGACGGGCCGGUCUGGCAUUCCGCAGCUGAGCGGCUCUCCGGACUGGACGAUUCGGCGGACAGCCCGGUCGGGCCGUGUACGGGAUCUUUUCAUCAGGGCCAAGGUCGAGACCAGCAGGGGAGGUCUUGGGGGGGGGGGGUCUUUAAUGAAAAUGAAGCAAUCUCCUCUAAAUCAGGCUCGGAACUAAUUUUUGCAGGACGUCAAUCCAAAUAUUACACAGAAGGAAGGAUAUUGUCUCUGUCCACUGCUUGAUCGUUACACUUACAGAAGUACAAACCUUGUACAAGCCUUGAUCGACGUCUUUAAAAAUCAAUAAGGGCUACAAACGGAGAGAAUGCAGUUUUUUGGGGGAAUACAACUGAAUCAAAUGAUAAAUCAUUCGGGGAUUGUGUAUGUUAGGGAAGGUAUUUGCUCUUGUAUGAUCAAGCUUACACGAGCUCUUUAAAUUGAAAGGAGUGGUGUUACUAAUAUCGAUUUCUCUGUCCAUUCCUUUGUUGUGCUUGUCUUAAUCAAGUCUUUUAUCGAGACUGGCGGAAACUCAAUUCAAUUCAAGGGUCUUUAUUGGCAGCGCCGAUAAAUUACAGCGUUGCCAAAGCAGAUACGAGUAACACAAUGUUAACAUUUAGAGUACAUACAUUAUUACCGGACGACUGCAUACAUACCACAUAGAGCAUUGUCGAUCAAUAAAGGUAAAGGCUGAAAACGUUCGUGCAUGCGUGUGAUUUAUAGUUGGUUAGACCUUUUCCUUCUCCUGUAUGAGUCAAGACGGAGUUAAUCAAAGCAAGGGCCGGCUUUUCCUAAACGGGACACGUUUACGUCUGCGAACCCCGCCCAGAUCCCUCCGAUACCGCAUUCCUUGAUAGGGGAGAAGCGUGAUUGGCUGGAGCCGUCGCCACCCACGCCCCCCUGCCACGCCCAUUCAGUAGGCCCCGCCCAGACACAACUCACCUGCAGUUUAGUCACAGGUGAAAGCGAAGAUGUUCCCGGUUGUCUCUGGAGGCAGACGUCGGCUUUAAGUGUUUCUCAUCAGGGGAGGGCGGAGGGGAUCGGAGUGGCACUGCGAUGGCCGACUCCCAGCUGGCGUGCAUGGACGACGACCACGUCAACGAGAAGGUGCCGGAGUCCAAACCCGAGUUUUACUACAGCGAGGAACAGCGGGGGGCAGUGGAGCAGCUUCUCAAGAACGGCGACGGAGCCUUCAGGAUGCGCAUCAAGCAGGACGACAUCAAGGAGUUCCUCUCCUCCCGGGAGAUCAGGAGGAUCCGCGAAACCUUCCGCGAGUACGAGACGGACGGCGAGGACAAGUUGGGCUCGGAACCGCCCGGCGCGGCCGGGUCCAAAGCCGACUCGGGCGUGCAUUCCACUUACUGGCCCAAGAUGUCGGACACGGAGGUGCCGCCGCUGGACAUCGGCUGGCCGGACACCGGCUUCUACAAGGGGGUCACCCGGGUGACGGUUCACACGCACCCCCCGAAGGAGAACGGGCCCCACAUCAAGGCGGUGGUUCGGAGGCUGAUCCAGGAGGCCAGGAAGGUGCUGGCGGUCGUCAUGGACUCCCUCACCGACGUCCAGAUCUUCCAGGACUUGCUGGACGCCUCGGCCAAGCGCGGCGUGCCCGUCUACGUUGUCCUGGACCCCGCGGGGGCCCCCCAGUUCACCGACAUGUGCCACAGCCUGCACAUCAACGGCAGACACCUGCAGAACCUGCGUGUGAGGACGGUGGAGGGCAUCGGCCUGGCCCUGUCCUUCGGGAAGAUCCCCGGAGCCCUGAGCAGCAAAUACAUGCUGGUGGAUGGGGAGAAGGUGGUGUCGGGAUCCUACAGCUUCACCUGGACCGCGUCCAGGAUGGACCGCAACCUGAUCACGGUGAUGACGGGCCAGGUGGUGGACUUCUUCGACCACGACUUCCGGGAGCUGUACGCCGCCUCGCUGCCCGUGGACCUGUACAAGGAGCUGGGCGUCCCUGCUCCCCCCGAGCCCAGCCCGGCGCCGGUCAAGACGGAGUCCAGGCCGCCGACCGCUCCGGCUACCUCUCGGUUCCAGGCCAUGGACAUCCACGGCGGCCCUCCCGGCAACAUCCGGGCGCCGGCGCACAAGUACCACAAUCCCAAGUAUUCCCUGGUGGUGGGGAACACCCUGGGCAUGUCCACUUCCUGCCAGGAGCUCGCCGGCAACGGGGGGGGCUCCCCGGGGAUCAUGCGGCGGUUUUUGCAAGGCGAGAAAGCUAGCAGUGAAAGAGCGGACACCGUGUCCCCGCUCCCGGGGCCCGGGGCCCAGGAUGCCGAGGGGAAGAGUGGUACCAAAAAGCCCGGCGGGCUGUCCCUGAAGAAGCAGCGCAGCUCUAUAAGGUUCUACCUCGGGAGGGGAAAAAGUGGCAAACAGAGCGAGGUCGCGGGGUCCAACGCCACGCCCCCCGGCAACGCCACGCCCCCCGGCAACGCCGGCCCCGCCCCCGCCCUCGGCCGCCACCCCCUGCAGCCCUCGAACUCCAGCCAGGCUCUGGAGGACAGCUUUGAGGUCGUGAUUAAGCCCGAGACCCCCCUCCCGACCCCGGACAGGAAGGACAAGAGAGGCUCCAAACACGUCUCGCGGAGCGUGUCUCUGAGAACCGUCAGCAACGCCAACGGAGAAGGCAUACAGGGCUCCAAGGAGGCUGUCGGCCGUUCGAACAAGAAAGAAUGCAUCCUGUCCUGAGAGAGGGUCAUGCAGCAGGGGAAAGGACUGAUCCCCCCAAGACCUACCAAUGGACACUUCUUCGUGAAGGAUUUUACUUCAAGAGGAAAGGAAGUGUUGUACAGGAAUCCCCAUGGGUCGGGACAAAGUGACUAUAAAUGAGCUGCUGUCUACAUCUGGGUCCCUAAAAAUAUCGGUGUGGUUUGGAGCUCGUAUUCACUCCUCCCGCAAUGAGAACUUAGUGCCCUGGAGACUGUAUUUGGGUUUUGAGGGUAUUCUUUGCCAUUUGAGCCCUGUUGUCAGAUAGUAUCGGAAUUGAGUCAGUGCAUGAGGUCCUGUUUGCAUAAAGCACCUUAGCUCUGAAGUGACUUAAGUGUUAAAGUUCAGAGCAUGAAAAGACUCUUGCAGCAGCCUCUAUCUCUGUGUGCACACUUAACAAAAAAUACAUGAACCAGAGGUCAUGCCUGCAAGGAGGCCGUUGAGAUGCUGGUGUUUCAGUGGUUCUGUGAUCUCAUUCUGACAUCACUAAAAGGAACCCAGGAUAUCACAGCUGCAGGUUCAGAUGAAGGCCUUUUAGGCAACUGGUUGCAAGUUCUU